CAUAAACCAUCAACCACAUACUCGUUUCUAUAAUCAAUUCACAUCCAGAAGUACUAUAAAAUCACACCGUCUCCAUCACCUUUCAACCGCCUUGCAUAUCAUCUCAAUAUUCAAUCAUGAGCAACUCAUCAACAUCCCCCGAGAAGCAAUCCCUCAUCCCACAACUCAACCCACCCAUCCCGACAGCAUCACCCUCUGAAGUUCGCGCCUUCAUCACCGAACUCCUAAUCCUCACCCGCAACCUUCCAGCCCAACAUGCCAAAGACAUCGCAGACAAAUGGCACCUAGGCACCGGCAGAGAAUUGACAACAUACCCACCCAGUGUAUACGCCGACAUCUUCGGCUCCGAAGACGCAUGGAUGGUAUACAAAGAAUCCCAACUCUUCAUCCGCAGAAACAAGCAGGAAAAAAAUAGACGGCGAGAUGAGUUGCGAAAAUGGGCCAUAAUUCUGGGUAUCAUCAUCAUCAAUAUCAUAGGAAUCGUGUUAUUUCUCAGGCUACUAUUGUUGCAUGUACAAGCAGAAGCUUACGCCCUUGCGUGGAUCUUGACAGUCGGUGUAUUAGGAUUGGUUUUUGGUGGGAUAAAUUUGCUCGGCAGGGUUGGUUUGGAGGUGGAGGUGGAGAGGGAAUUGUAUAGUGGUAUGAGUGUGGGAUGUAAGAAGUGCACUUAGAUUCAGAUUAUUUUUCUGGAUGUUUUGGGAUGGGAUUUAUGCUUCUUUGUGUUGGUGUUGUCUCGAUUGUUCAAGAGGUGGUGUUGUUCACAAUGAGACCUUGAAGAGACCGAUUGCAUGAUGUUCAAUCCUUUUCUGAUAAACACCAGGCACCGAAACCAAAGAUGCUUCGGCCAACUUGACACUUCG